UCUUUGUAAAAUUCAAGUCCAAAGAGUUCACAUGUACAAAAAAAAUAUAUAGUUAUUCGAUGCUCAUAAAAAAUGGCGGAAGUGAAGGAGGAUCUGCAUGUGCUGCCAUUAAGAAUGUUAGAAGAAAGUAGCAACAGCUCUUCUACGUCAUCCCCAGUUGAUGCGGUUGUCUUUGUUGGGAUUUCUUUGGUGUUGGGAAUUGCUUCCAGACAUCUACUUCGCGGUACCAGAGUUCCUUACACUGUCGCUUUGCUCGUCAUUGGCAUUGCCCUUGGCUCUCUCGAAUACGGUACAAGUCAUAAAUUAGGAAAGAUUGGUGAUGGCAUUCGUCUUUGGAAGAGUAUUGAUCCUGACCUUUUAUUAGCUGUUUUUCUUCCUCCCUUACUUUUUGAGAGUGCCUUUGCAAUGGAAGCGCACCAGAUAAAGAGGUGUAUGGCACAAAUGAUUCUGCUCGCUGGUCCAGGAGUUCUUAUUUCAACCUUCUGUCUUGGAUCUGCUCUGAAGCUCACUUUUCCAUAUGAGUGGAAUUGGACAACAUCACUGUUGCUUGGGGGACUUCUGAGUGCUACUGAUCCUGUGGCUGUUGUGGCUUUGUUGAAGGAGCUUGGUGCAAGCAAAAAACUGAGCACUAUAAUUGAAGGAGAAUCCUUGAUGAAUGAUGGGACAGCAAUUGUGGUCUAUCAGUUAUUCUAUAAAAUGGUCCUUGGACAGAGCUUUGGUUGGGGUGCCAUUAUUGAAUUUCUGGCCAAAGUCUCACUUGGAGCUGUAGGCAUCGGUAUUGCUUUUGGGAUAGCAUCUGUUUUGUGGCAUGGAUUUAUUUUCAGUGAUACAGUGAUUGAGAUUGCAUUGACGCUUGCUGUGAGCUACAUUACUUACUUCACCGCUCAAGAAGGUGUUGAUGUUUCUGGUAUUCUGGCAGUGAUGACUUUAGGCAUGUUUUAUGCUGCUGUUGCAAAGACAGCCUUUAAGGGCGAUGGUCAGCAGAGCUUGCUUCACUUUUGGGAAAUGGUUGCUUACAUUGCAAAUACAUUAAUUUUUAUCUUGAGUGGAGUUAUUAUAGCUGAAGGCGUUCUUGGCAAUUAUAGGAUAAUUGAGAACCAUGGAUAUUCAUGGGGUUAUCUGAUUCUUCUUUACGUCUUUGUGCAAAUAUCACGUUGCAUCGUUGUUGGAGCAUUAUAUCCAUUUUUACGAUAUUUUGGAUAUGGAUUGGAUUUAAAGGAAGCCACCAUCCUAAUAUGGUCAGGGCUCCGAGGGGCAGUGGCAUUAUCACUUUCUCUAUCCGUUAAGCGUUCCAGUGACAGCUCAACAAAAAUCAGUUCUGAAACAGGAAGCCUGUUUAUUUUCUUCACUGGUGGAAUUGUAUUCUUGACACUUGUUGUGAAUGGAUCAACUACACAGUUCAUUUUACAUUUCCUAGAUAUGGAUAAACUAUCAGAAACAAAGAAGCGUGUACUGGACUACACAAAAUAUGAAAUGUUGAACAAAGCAUUAGAGGCUUUUGAAGACCUUGGAGAUGAUGAGGAACUUGGACCUGCUGACUGGCCUAUGGUAAAAAGAUACAUUGCAAGCUUAAACAAUUUGGAGGGGGACUGUGUGCAUCCUCAUACUGCAUCUGAAGCUGAUAAUAACCUGUACCGUUCAAAUCUGAAAGAUAUAAGAAUACAGCUUUUAAAUGGUGUCCAGUCAGCUUACUGGGGAAUGCUUAAUGAAGGGAGAAUUACACGAAGUAUAGCAAAUCUUUUGAUACAAUCUGUAGAUGAAGCUAUUGAUGUGGCAUCUCAUGAACCUUUAUGUGAUUGGCAGGGCUUAAAAUCUAAUGUUCAUUUCCCAAAUUAUUACAAGUUUACAAGCAGGUUCCUACAAAAAUUAGUCACAUAUUUCACUGUGGAAAGACUGGAAUAUGCGUGCUGUGUUUGUGCUGCAUUUCUUCGAGCUCACAGAAUUGCACAACGGCAUCUUCAUGAGUUUAUAGGUGAAAGUGAUAUUGCUUCUACUGUUAUUAAUGAAAGUGAGGAUGAAGGAGAAGAGGCAAAAAAGUUUUUGGAAGAUGUCCGUGUAAUUUGUCCUCAGGUUUUGCGUGUCAUUAAAACAAGACAAGUGACAUACUCGGUACUGAACCAUUUGAUUGAUUAUUUACAAAACCUUGAGAAGGUUGGGUUACUGGAAGAAAAAGAGAUGCUUCAUCUUCAUGAUGCUGUCCAGACUGACUUGAAGAAGCUCUUAAGGAAUCCUCCCUUAGUGAAGAUUCCAAAAAUAACUGACCUGAAAAGUGUCCAUCCUUUAUUAGGGGCCCUUCCUUCUACUGUCUGCAAACCACUAGAAGGUUCUACGAAAGAAAUAAUGAAAACACGUGGUAUGACACUUUACAAAGAGGGCUCCAAACCAAAUGGUAUUUGGCUUAUUUCAAAUGGUGUUGUCAAGUGGACAAGUGAGAGCAUAAGCAGCAAGCACUCACUGCAUCCAACUUUUACUCAUGGGAGUACUUUGGGCUUGUAUGAAGUAUUAAUUGGAAAGCCAUACAUCUGCGACAUGAUCACAGAUUCUGCGGUUCUCUGUUUUUUUAUUGAAAGGGGCAGAUUACUUUCAGUGCUAAGGUCAGAUCCUGCAGUAAAAGAUCUUCUAUGGCAGGAAAGUGCUAUUCUCCUUGCCAAAAUCUUGGUUCCUCAAAUAUUUGAGAAAAUGACAUUGCAAGAUUUAAGAGCUCUUGUGGCACAAAGCUCAUUAAUGAAGACAUACAUUGAAGGGGAGAGAGUAGAAGUGCGUCACCAAUCCAUUGGCUUCUUGUUGGAAGGAUCCAUAAAGCCUUUCAGUGUUCAAGAACUCAUCACACCACCUGCAGCUCUUUUGCCUUCACAUGGGAAUCAAAGUUUCUUGAAUGCAGAUAUUUCAGGUGCCACAACAGCCAGUUUUUCUCAUCAGCAAUCCAGGUUUCAGUUUGAGACUAGGGGAAGCACAAUGUAUCAAGCUGAGACAAUAGAAAGAGCAAGAGUAAUUAUUUUUUAUAUUGCAACACUUGAAGCUGAUAGAGUUCUGCAGAGAAGUUCAUCCUCAUUUAACCAUUCACAUAGAACUUUAAGUAGAAAACAUGAAGGUCUUAUGAGUUGGCCUGAACAUUUCAACAAUGCAAGGCAACAUAUGCAAAAUCAUGGAGCAACUGAUCUACAAGCAAACAGAUUGUCUGAAAGAGCAAUACAGUUAAGCAACUUUGGCAGCAUGGUAUGUCAAGUGGAAGAAUUGAUAUCUUCUAAGUCGAAAUUCACCAUUGUUUAUGUGCCACGGCCUAGCCUUUCACAUCGUAGAGUUCGUUCAUACCCUGGCUAUCCAUUUUUUCCCGUCAGAUCAGAAGGAUCUGCUACUCUAAGGAAGAAUCCAGAAGCAAGAAAGUUUACAGGACGAGUUCCCCCAGCACAAGUGAAGGAUUCUGACACAAAAGAGGGCCAUGUAAAUGAUGAUUCUAGCGAUGAAUCUGUUGCUGAAGAUGAAAUCCAGAUAAAAAUUGAUUCACCUAGCACACUAUCUUUCCACCAGGCUUCUUGAAGGUCUGUUUAUGUCCUCAUUUUGCAUGGUUGUGAUUUCUUCAUUACUGUUGUAUCAUAUUAUAGAAUACUGUCAAGUGACUUUAUGUGAAACAUAGUAAGUAAUCUGGCUUCUGCCUGGAGCUAGUAUCUGUAGUUUUGUCACGAAUGGCAGCUUGGUUCAAUCUCUCUCGCCUCUUUGUUCCUCCAUUGAACUUUAGUGGUCAAUAAACUCUUAUUAUUAUUAUUAUUGUUGAUAUUGUUGUCGUUGUUUCUUUUGUUGCAAUAUAAUAGUAUCUG